AUGUCGAAUUCAUUCUCAAGUUACCAACAACGAUGGGGGGGUCUUUUUUGGGAAUGGGACAUUGGCAAGCUGGAGGUCAUAAUGAGAGACAAGAUCAUUUGUAUCAGAGAUGGUCGAUCUUCAAAUGACGACGACUACAGGUGUCUACUUGGUUUCCCGGACGAGUAUACACCACGAAGAGGGGAAGACAACACCAGGCAAGAACGUACCAUGCCUAUCGCAAGUGCAGCUGAGGUUCUCUACGUCAGCUCUUCCGAUCAUCCUGUCCCCUUUAUCAGGAUCGAGGGUCGUCGAGCUUGCGGUCUUACUGCUUUCGAAGAAGCGAAUACUUUCCUUGGGCAUUCAAACCAGGUCCAUCACGCUGGACAUCCAACUGAGCUUUCGGAUUGUGAAAAGAUGAGGACCUCUAUUCAAGUCCUCGAGAUUUAUGUUCCAAGCUCCUACGUGAGGGCCGCAAUAUUGUCGAGCUCAAUCAGGAACAUGAAACCCCAAGAAAUCAACUCUUAUCUAUACUACCUCUCGCCGAAGUAUGCCUACAAAUUGCUGGGUUCUACCAAACGAGAUGCCUGUUAUCAAGAGCUCGCCCGCUGUGUUGUACCAAUUACGAAUUGCUAG